AUGGCUGAAACAGGGAUUACCACUAACUCUCCACCGGGAAAAGGAUGUAGAUUGUGUCGUUUUACAGUGCAAGUCCUCACUGGCCGCUGGCUCAUGAUGUUUGCUUCCUUCUUGAUAAUGGCUGGUGCUGGUGCAACAUAUCUCUUUGGUGUUUAUUCAAAAGUGAUAAAGGCCACCCUUGGCUAUGAUCAAUCAACCCUUAAUACUUUAAGCACAUGCAAAGAUUUGGGAGCAAAUGUCGGAGUUCUAUCCGGCCUAAUAGCCGAGGUUACGCCAACAUGGGUCGUGCUCUUGAUCGGAUCACUCAUGAAUUUUGCAGGCUAUUUUAUGAUAUGGCUUUCAGUGACUAGAAGAAUAUCAACACCCAAAGUUUGGCAAAUGUGUCUCUAUAUAUGCAUUCGGGCGAAUUCGCAGAAUUUCGCAAACACGGGUUCAGUUGUUACCUGUGUGAAAAACUUUCCAGAAGGUCGAGGUAUGUUUCUAGGUUUAAUGAAGGGUUAUGUAGGACUAAGUGGUGCAGUUUUUACCCAACUUUAUCUUGCAAUAUAUGGAAAUGAUGGUAUAUCUUUAAUUCUUCUCAUUGGUUGGCUCCCAGCAGCGAUUUCAAUAUUCUUUAUCUUUAACAUUAGGACACUGAAACUUUCUAGGCAUCCAAAUGAGAUUCGUGUUUUAUAUGAGAAUCUGAUAAUAUCUGUUACUUUGGCAUUGGUCUUAAUGGGAUUAACAAUAGCACAAAAAUAUGUUAAUUUUUCUCAUAAAGCCUUAAUAGGAAGUGCCACUGUCGUUUGUGCUUUGCUUUUCCUUCCGUGCCUUAUUGCGAUCCGAGAAGAAUUUUAUACUUGGAGAUUGAACAAAGAGGAAGCUAGAAAAGCCCCAUCUGGGGUUCUUGUUGAGGAACCACCUUUGAUAGAAUCAAAACAUGCAGAAGAGAUUGAGCCAGAAAUCGUCGAAUUGGUGGAAUAUUCGAAACCCAUGGUCGAAGAAAAGAAAGAAACUUCAUGGGUUUGUCUCAGAAAAACUAGUUUUGAAAUGGAAAAUACCUCGUACUCUUAUGAUGACAUUUUCCCUCGUGUUACCAUGCAUCGGAGACCUGUUGAUCGCGUUGCCCUUCCCGGGUUCAGUCUACAUUGCUUCGUUGUUGAUCGGAUUCUCUUACGAACAAGGAAAUAUUACCAGACUGAUAUCUACAAGAGGUUUAGGGAUGAAAUGGAAAAGAAUGAGAAAGAAAUGGCUGCGCUUUCUACUGGGUAUAAUCAGGCUCGCAGCAUAUAG